AUGGUUGAUGCUUUCUGCGCAACGUGGAAACUGGUGGACAGCCAGAAUUUUGAUGACUACAUGAAGGCACUCGGUGUGGGCUUUGCUACAAGACAAGUGGGCAAUGUGACCAAACCCACAAUAGUGAUCAGCCAGGAUGGUGACAAAGUGGUGGUGAAGACCCUCAGCACCUUCCGGAACACUGAGCUCGCUGCCAAACUGGGGGAUGAGUUUGACGAGACCACGCCUGAUGACCGACAAGUUAAAUCCACUUUCACCAUGGAAGGAGAUAAAUUUGUACAAGUACAAAAAUGGGAUGGCAAAGAAACCAAAUUUGUACGAGAGAUCAAAGAUGGCAAGAUGGUGAUGACUUUGACGUUUGAAGGUGUCCAAGCCGUGCGCACGUACGAGAAAGCCUAA